CUUCAAACUCCCACGAGCGCGCAGCGCUCGCCGUAUGCCCACCGGCCAGAUGCCAAGUGUGCAUUAUGCGCCUCGCUCGCGUCGUCACCGUGUGCCACGACAGAUCCUGCAGUCGGUGUGCUAGAUAUGGGCGGACAACGUGUCUGCGAAUUAACGUUCGUUACGGCUGGCUCAUAUGCAACGGGUUCGUGAAGAAAGAUGGCGAUUACUUUGCUAUCUCACUCCUAUACGCUACCUUUAUUCUAUUAACACAAAGUGGAUGGCCAGGAGGCGCACACCAGGAGACACACUUCGCUAUCCGCUGUCAGAGCAGAGGCUCAGCUGUCCUCCACGAUUUCGGUGUCGAGCAAAUGAUAACUCAGAGUGCCUUCUUGAACACAUUCUUAAUGAGGUACGCUUGCUGAUGGAGUCGGGCACGCGAUACAUCUAUCGCCAAGAUUGGUGCCGAUCUGCGUCCAUCGAGAGUAGCGCGGGCUACUCAAACACACUCCGAUCACAUUUGCGCCGUGACAAGCGUGGUCGUUGCCGGUCGUGGCCAUGGUAUCUAGAGGCUGGGCUGCGGAGCGAUCACUAAUUUGAUGUGUGUAGCGCUCUGCUCAUAGAAUGAAGUAUUGUGUAGCUCAGUGAUCGCAAUGACGGCUCGUCUGCCACCACAAAGGUUCAUACAAGCGGCCUUGUAACUCGGCCACAAUGCGAUCACGUGUCUAUAUCGCGGAGUUCCAUGGCUUCGUGGCUUGC